ACUCUCUACCCCCUUAGUAUUGGUCUAGCUGUUGAUGUCACCAAGAACAUUGAAGGUAUAAUCACUUGACAUGUAAUUCAAAAGUUUUAAAAUAAUAAUUAUCUAAUUAUGUCUCUAAUUUAGAUAUUAAAUUGCAUCUACAGAUUUUAUGGUUGAAAAGCUUGGUAUAGAACAAAGCAAAAUUGUUGAGUUGGGUAAUUUAUUGUACAAGAAUUAUGGAACCACAAUGGCAGGCCUUAGGGCAAUUGGCUACAAGUUUGACUAUGAUGAGUAUCAUAGUUUUGUCCAUGGUGAAUUGCCUUAUGAGAAAUUGAGGCCUGACCCUAUUUUGAGAAGUCUUUUGCUAAGCCUAUCAAUCCGCAAAGUUAUCUUUACUAAUGCUGAUGAGGUCCAUGCUCUCAAAGUUCUUAAUAAACUUGGAUUGGAAGAUUGUUUUGAAAGGAUAAUAUGCUUUGAGACUCUUAAUCCAAUUGACAAGAGCAACGCUACUACUACUUAUGGCUCUAAUGAGAUCUUUGAUAUUAUUGGACAUUUUUCUCAACCUAAGGCUAACUCAAUGUUGCCAAAAACACCAACUCUUUGCAAACCUUCACAAGUUGCCAUUGAAAGGGCAUUAGAGCUUGCCAACAUCAUUAAUCCACACACAACUCUUUUCUUUGAAGAUAGUGUGUGUAACGUUCAAGCUGGCAAACGUGUAGGUCUUGAUACAGUUCUAGUUGGGAAGUCCCAAAAAGUUGUAGGUGCAGAUUAUGCAGUAGAAAGUAUCCACAACAUAAAGGAAAUAUUACCACAACUUUGGGAAGUUGAGAAGGUGUUAAUCCUCGAUGAACUUUCCGCACCACAAGAAUUGCACACCAAUAACUCAGAGAAUGUUUUCUAA